AUGACGAUUCAAGCCUCCAAGUUUACCCCAGAGGCUCUGCUCUCUGCCCCGCGCAGGUCCCCGGGCAUUCCUAACCCAUCUGGCACGAAAGUGCUCUAUACUGUCUCGACCUACUCGUUCGAAAGCCACAGCAAGACCUCCCAAACGCGUGUUCUUGACGUUGAGAGUGGCCAUUCAAGCCUCCUUUACGAGGAAGCAUCCUACAGUGACGUGACAUGGAUUUCGGACGAGGAGAUCCUGAUACUGCGAAGCGGUGACAAGGGGGCUACGACCCUUCUGCUGGGAGAUGUUACGAAGCCGUCUACAGUCACCGAGAUCCGCCACUUUGAGGGCAGCUUGUCAAGCCUGAAAGCCAAGCGACUAUCCGACGAUGAAGUCGCCAUUGCCGUCGCCGUCUUGACAACCCCGGAGGGUGCCAUGUACAACCCGGUAGCCGAGAAGAAGCAGUUGACGACGGGCAAGGUGUACUCGAGCCUGUUUGUAAGACACUGGGAUGCCUGGGUGUCUGAAAACCAGAACUCCAUCUGGUACGGUCUUCUGAAGAAGAACGACAAGUCGUACAAGUUCGAGGGUCAGGGUUUGACCAAUGCCCUCGAGGUCUCGCGGCUGGUGUCUCCGGUCCCCCCCUUUGGUGGCAGCGGCGAUUUUGAUAUCGGAAAGCACGGCAUCGUCUUUGUCGCGCGCGACCCCAAUAUCUCCCCGGCCAUUUACACAAAAACGGACCUCUACUUCCUGCCUUUGAAGUCCUUUACCGAGGACAAGCCGGGAUUGCCUCAAAUUGUCAAGACUAGCAAGCUCCGUGGUUACUCGGCGGCACCCGUCUUCUCCAGGGACGGCAAGAAGGUCGCCUUUACCCGGAUGAAGAGCGACCAGUACGAGACUGACAAGCCAAGGCUGCUUCUCGUUCCCGACGUCUUCGACCUGGCAAGCGUACAAGAGUUCUACCAGACAGACGACGGCGCCGGCGGCUGGGAUGCACGCCCCGAAUGGAUCACAUGGAGCAAGGACGACUCGGAGCUGUACGUAUCGGCGGAAGAGCACGGGCGUGCUAAGCUCUGGAAGCUGCCGGCGACUCCGCACGAGGCGAAAGACCUUCCCGCAGCAAUCUACGAGGAGGGUUCUGUUGUCGAGGCGAAGCUAUUGGGAGAUGAUGGAGAGAAGCUCUUCAUCAGCACGUCAUCUAGGGUCGAGAACUCGGCUUACUCCGUUCUGGAUCCCGUCAGUCAAAAGACCGAUCUCGUAUCCUCGAGCUCCAAGCACGGAAAGUCGUUCGGUCUGUCCAAGUCUCAGUGUGACGAGUUCUGGUACAAGGGAGCCGAGGGAUACGACGUUCACGCCCUCGUGGUGAAGCCGUCCAACUUUGACGAGAACAAAAAGUACCCGCUCGCGUUCCUCAUUCACGGAGGCCCUCAGGCCGCGUGGAUGGAUAGCUGGAGUACGCGAUGGAACCCUGCCAUCUUUGCGGAACAGGGCUAUAUCGCAGUCAUGCCCAACCCGACGGGAAGCACUGGUUACGGACAGCAGCACACCGACAAUAUCCAGAAUGAGUGGGGUGGUCGCCCGUACGUGGACUUGGUGAAGUGUUUCGACCACAUCGAGAAGAACAUUUCGUACAUUGAUUGUGGCAACGCGGUUGCUUUGGGUGCUUCGUACGGAGGAUACAUGAUCAACUGGAUUCAGGGUCAUGAGCUCGGAAGAAAGUUCAAGGCAUUGGUCUGCCACGACGGUGUAUUUUCAACACUGAACCAGUGGUCUACCGAGGAACUCUUCUUCCCUCUGCAUGACUUUGGCGGUCCUCUUUGGGAGAACCGAGAGGGCUACGAGAAGUGGGAUCCCGCCCAUCAUCUCGACCAGUGGUCGACGCCACAACUGGUCAUCCACAACGAGCUAGACUACAGACUUCCCAUUUCUGAGGGCCUCGCCAUGUUCAAUGUUCUGCAGGCGCGCGGCGUGCCUAGCAAGUUGUUGAUGUUCCCCGACGAGAACCAUUGGGUUCUGAAGCCUGAAAACUCUCUUGUCUGGCACAGAGAGGUUUUGGGAUGGAUCAACAAGUACACAGGCCUCGACAAGUCUGAGGAUGAGCUCUCCCCAGCGGUUCCCCAUCCUGCAGUAGCUCCCACCUCACCUCCUUCCGAUACCUUUAGGUCCAGUUCACUGCUGGUCCGAGCUCCUUCCAUUUCACCAAGGCUGAAAUUUCGCGAACUUGCACCUUCUUCACCCACCCUUAAACUAAAGAACGACUUGCACAUAGGGAUUGACCUUCCUGAACCUACCUCAGAACCGAAGGUGACCGACGAAAUCGCAAAACCCACGAACGAGCCCAUCCUCUUCCACGCCCUCCUCCGCCCCGCGGUCCUCCAGAUCCUGCGCGCGACAGGAUAUCACGCCGCACGACCCGUGGUUCUCGAUGCCGUCACUGAGCUCGCGGCGCGCUACAUGUUCGCCCUCUGCCAGGCGACAGCGCGGCACGCGGGCGACAACGACCCGCAAGGCGACGCUGGCCCGGGCAUGGUGGACGUACGCAUGGCGCUGCAGGAGCUGGGUGCCGUGCCUCCGGACGAUGUGCUCGCUGAGGGGAGAGGCGCGAUAUUGGGCGAGAUUCUAGACUCGCUGGACGAGGAAGGAAGGAGCGAGGCGGGCGCAGAGCUCGCGGCGGCUGCUGCUGCUGCAGCUGUGCCGGACGGCGAGGGAGACUUGACAAUGGCGACGCCGACGGCGGUAACUGAGAGGGGACGCGAGAGAGAGAAGAUCGUUGAGGAUACGAGAGGCGUGGACGAGUUCAUCAAGUGGUUCUCCGGACCGCGGAACAAGGCCAUUCGCGAGGCGGCGGUUGGUGAUGGGGAGCUGGAGUUGGGCGACUACUUGAACGUCCUGAAGAAAAAGCACAGCAAGACGGGCGAAGACUCCAAGUACCACGGCACGAUCAUCGGCAAGGGCAACGACGUGGGCGAGGUCCAGGUCGAGGGCGGCGACCUCCCGAGCAUCCACACCUGGCGGUCCAAGAUGCAGGGCCCGCCACCGGGCAGCGCACCGUCGGCGACCUCGCCGCGGAUCAAGGAGGAGUCGAGACCGCCGAGCUCGGGGCUGAGCUCCGGGGCAAACAUGCGGAGACGGACGCGCACCGGCAGCACGGCCAGCCAGGCGAGCGUUGUCAGCGUUGCCAGCGUCAGCACGAGUAAGACCGAGGGCCGCGAGGGUUGCGCGGUCCGCCCGAGAGGGGGCCGGGGCCGAGGCGGCUCGACGGCGGGCAGAGGCAGGGGCAACAAGCCUAGCGGUGGCAGAGUCACCAAGAACAAGACGACGACGACUACGGCUAAGGCUAAGCCCAGGAGUAGGUCCAGCACGAAGACGAAGCAGAAGCAAAAGAAGAAGGACAAUGACAAGGAGGACGUUUAUUCGUCACUUUGGAGGCGGGAACGGCAAGCAUGGAUCGAUAUGCAUGAAUAUGGGAAGUCAUGGGCUUUCAUGAAUACGGGAAGGGGUGUGUUCCCCCUCCUUCCUUGGGAGGAAAUGAAAGUGAAGGAGGGAACGGGUACUCGGAUGAGGACAGCAUUCAUCAUACAGACUUCUCCAGCCGAGGACAAGCAGCUGAGGAACGGGUUUGAGUUUCUAUUGAAGUGUACACCCUUCAUCUGCGUGAUGUUACGCCAGUUUGACGAGGUCACGGGCUUUGCACUACUAUGA